UCAUGCGCAGUUACCGGCAACUGCUGGCCAAGUACUCUGUGUCGUCGAGCAAUCGUCUUCAAUCCUGGUUUGCUAGGUGUUGCAGCCAUGAGCACUGAGAAAGAAAGCUUUGUUUACAGUGCGAAACUGGCCGAACAAGCCGAAAGAUACGAUGAAAUGGUUGACGCAAUGAAAAAGGUGGCUCGUUUGGAGGUCGAACUUACGAUAGAGGAGCGUAAUCUUUUGUCGGUUGCGUACAAGAACGUGAUUGGUGCGCGGCGGGCGUCAUGGCGGAUCGUAUCGAGUUUUGAGCAGAAAGAAAGCUCGAAGGGCAGCGACCAGGCCACAAUAGACGAAAUUCGUGCAUACAGAGGCAUGGUCGAACAAGAACUACGUGAAAUCUGCAAAGACAUUCUAGAUGUACUGGAUCGUCAUUUGAUUCCGUCGGCUGUAAUUGACGAGUCGAAGGUUUUCUACUACAAAAUGAAGGGUGACUAUCAUCGUUAUCUUGCCGAAUUUGAACAACAGGAAGAACGGAAGAAAGCGUCUGACAAUUCUUUAGAAGCCUACAAGAAUGCUUCGGAAAUAGCGACAACUACGCUGCCUUCUACCCAUCCCAUUAGGCUCGGUCUAGCGCUCAACUUUAGCGUCUUCUACUACGAAAUUAUCAAUUCACCUAGCCAAGCUUGUCGCUUGGCAAAGGCAGCGUUUGAUGACGCCAUCGGCGACCUUGAUAAACUCAACGAAGACUCCUAUAAAGACAGCACGUUGAUCAUGCAGCUGCUGAGAGACAACCUCACACUGUGGACCUCAGACUUGCAGCCAGAUGAUGGCGAAAAGAAAGAAACAGUUCAAGAUCUGGAAGAUCCUGAGACAGCAGAGUCCGCCUCUUGAAGAGGAACUUUACUAAAAAGACUGCCUCAGAGCUGAUAGUAAUAAUAGGGUUGCUUUUUAUUGUCAUCUUUGCGUUAGCGGUGAGUGUGUCCAGAGUGUUUUUACGGUUGUGUGGCGGUUCUAGUCGUCUGGUAAUGUCUGGUGGCAUCACUCUCUAUAACAUUCUAGUCUGUGGUCAUAAAGGCUGUAUUGUUAUACAUUGGAUUGUUGUAAAAUUGGAAGCACUGAAGCAAA